GUUAAUGGCCUAGGCAAAAUGUUCAACACACACGUUGCGUCGGGCCUGACCGAUUUAUAUGGGAAGUCUGAACUUUCUGACUGUACUGUAGUAUUCACUGUGCCCUUUACGAUUCAAGCCAAACCUGCAUCAAGAAAAGGGAAAACCGCCCCCGAGCGACAGAAUGGCGCCAUCGCGGGCCACGAGCAGGGCGCUGAUGCAGCACAGCCUACUAGCGCGAAAGACGACGUCGGGCUAGCUUGCAAAAAGCGUAAGGCGUCAGCGGCCAUGGCGCCGGAGGCGGAGCCGGGGGCUCCGGAGGACCCGAACUCCGGCGCGCCAGGCAACACGCACGCGCAGGCUGGCAGUCGGGACAGACCUCCGGGCGACGACUUGCGGGUGCUGGUCGAGCCCCUACCAGCACACAAGGUGGUGCUCUGGCUAGCUUCCGAACGCUUUCAGACGCAGGUGGAGCGCUGGUCAGACGGGACAGAUGCAGCUGGACCUAGCAGCAAGAGGUUCGCGGCGGCAGCGGAGGAGGCUGGCCCACAGCCGCAGCCAGUGCCGCAGCCCCAGCGGCCGCUGCCGCUGCAGCUGCGUGUGCCGCUGGGCAGUGAGGAGGAGCUGCCUGCAGCACUCGCAGCCAUCAAGUUCGCCUACACGGGGCGGAUAGAGGUGUGCAGCGUGCGCGAGGCGCUGCAGGUGUGGAAGCAGGCGGACUACCUGCAGAUGAAGGGAUGCGUGGAGGCGUGUGUGGCGGCGGUACGGGAGAAGCUGGCGGCACCCGCAGCGGCAGCAGCAGCCACGGUCAGUGCCGACGGGGCCUCAAGCGUUGCAGGAGCUACUGGAAGCGCAGGCCAGGCGCCACCAGCGGCAACUGCACGGGCUGCAGCAGGUGCCAGCAGCAGUGGCGAGGCGAGCAGUGGUGACGCUGGGAGCACCAGCGCCGCUGCGACGGCCCCGCCGCCCGUGCUUGAGCUGUACGGCUGUGCUGCGCUGUGGCCAGACCCGGAGCAUGAGCCGGCAUUUGCGGCGCUGCUGACGGAGGCCAAGCCGCAGCUGGUGGCGCACUUUGGUGACGCGCUGACGGUGCUGAACAAGCAGCAGCUGUAUGACCAGAUGCGGGCGCUGCCGGCUGUGGCCCUGGAGGCUCUGCUGGAGUCCGACGACUUCGGCACCGACAGCGAGAGCAGCGUGGUGCUGGUGCUGGCGGAGUGGAUGCAAGUGAACUACAGCACCACAGAUGCGGCCACGCGGCGGCGGCUGUGUGGGCUGCUGCGGCUGUCGCAGUGCAGCCGCGCCUACCUGGACUGGGUCCUGCCCGCACUGGCGCUCGACCACCUGCUGCACCCGGGCACACCGCUGGGUUGGUUGCCAAUCACGCUGCAGCAGGUGGGUUGCAUUGCCCGGUACAGAAUUGCACCAAAGGACGAGCAGAGGAUGCUAAAUCACAUCCUUGGUGGCCUUUGCGGAGGCAGCGAUCCUCCGGAAACCUGGCUCAGGACCAAGCGGCGGCGCCAGUGCGUGCCGUCGCAGGGACUCAGCUACCGCUUCGUGCUCGACAAGCAAGAGCUCGUAGAGAAGUUGGCGGGCCUGCAACCGGGCAAUAACGGGCGGCUGGAGCUUGAGCCGGAUGCUGAGGACGUCAGGCUGGGCGACACCUUUCAGGCGAUGGGGCUUACCUGGGGCCUGUCUGUGGAGUACGAGCACGGCAGCGCCCUCGCCGGCCUGUGGUUGAGCACAUGCCUCCCGGCGGCGUACGCUGUGCGGCAUGGGGAGUGCUGCAGCGAGGUCAGCAAGCUGGUGCGGCCAGUAGCGGCGCUGAGGUCUUCCAUGUACGUGCAGACCUGCUCUGGCGGGCAGCGGGGCGAGAAGCUACUGCUCAGUUUUAGUGAGGAGGAGGCGAUUUGCCUCGGGAAGAUAUUUGGUGCUGGUGUUGAAGUCAUUGAGCUAGGCACUGCAUCGGUGGCGGCGCCAGCUGCGGUGAUGCAGCAGCAACCGCUGGCGGCAGGACUGGCGGAGAGAGGCCCGGAGCAGCAGGAGCAGGGGCGGCAGCAAGGCAGUGCAGCGGAGCAGCAGGAUCAGGAGCAGCAGCGGCGGGCACGUGAGGCGACGGUGGCGGCCCAGUGGUCCAAAUACAUCAUCGAGGGAAGGGUGACGGUCAGGAUGCUGAUGCUGCGUCACGACGCGGCGGCGAUGGCGUAGGAGGAGGCGGGGGAGGAGGCGGAGGAGCCUUGAGCUUUCUGCUGUCCGGCAGGAUUCAUAGCCAGCAUGACCGUGGGUUGGCGGUGGGACUGCUGUCAAGGGGAAGGGGUAGGUUGUCAACACCAGACCAAACUUAAGUAAGGGGGGUUGGGACUUGGGUUAUAGAGUGGAAGGGCUUCACACACGAGGCAGUGCAUGCACACACGCUCGGUCUGGAUCCGUGCGCGUGCAUAAGGAACUUGAGGAGGGACAGGCACGAGGGACAGGGCUCCUGCCAGUGCCAGGGCUUCCGCAUUGUGUGCUUGUGUGUGUGUCUCGUAUUCGGGGUCUCAGAUGGUUAUGGUGAACUGGCGACAGGCUAGCGGGCGUAUAACUGUAGCGCAAGCCUUAGCAACAAUACCUGGCACCUUAACGGCAGGCCUACCUGCUCAGUGAGUACUGUACUGUGUCAAAGGAAUCCCGACUGUCGACAGUGUGGUUCUGCCGUGCAUAGUAAGGACGUGCAUUUUGACUUGACGCGGCGCGGGUUGUCAAAGUUUUGAUACGAUCAUCACGGGAGGUGGCGCGGCGUUGCAGGUAGACAUGUGCGUGGUAGAGGUGUUGCGUUUUUUCAAGCAUUUUCAAAGACAUGCGGCUCGUCUGAAGCUGGGCUUCGUCCUGGUCCAGCACCCUGGCAUGUUGGUCGCAAUCCCUGUUAUGAAGGUACAGUUAUGUUUUUGCGAACUGUGGCUAGUUGAUAAUGCAAGCUGGGGUCAUGUUGGGGCUCCGCGCUGGCAGCAGCGUACUGCAUUUACGGAGGUCGCAUCGACGGGAGGUCCCAGCGUGUCGCGUGUGGCCGUGACCAAACCCAAAGCAACAUGUGACUCGUAGACCCAAAGAUGAACUGGUCGCGACCUUACGAAGAUAGCUACACAAAAUUACCUUGAAGAGGCAUUCUGCAAGCACUCCGUAUACCUCGAUUCC